UUCUAUUCGUUCACCCGCCGAGAUAGAUCUCUCGGGGAGAGAGACACAUUCACUGUUUUGACUUCCUUUUUUAAAUUCACAUAUCUGUACAUUCUCCGGCGACUUCUCCGCCGCAUAUCGGAGCUCCGGUCAACGGCUAACGAUGUCAGUGACGGAAUUCGAAUUUAGAGCCUCGUCUCAGUUGGGCUUAUCCGGGAUCGGGGAGCAUAAUUUCGCCGAUGUCGAUAAUCUGGAUCACUGUAUCAAGUACUUGAACCAGACUUUGGUUACCUUCGGAUUCUCGGCUUCGCUCGACCUCUUCGCUAGCGAUCCUGUUUCGGUCGCCAGAACAUGCAAUUGCAUAUAUGCAUUGCUUCAGCAGAGACAGAGAGAUGUGGAAUUCAGAGAAUCUGCUAAUGAUCACAGACAACGACUUCUGUCCGACACGGCCAGACUCGAGUCGAAAGUGGAAAGGCUUGAGACUCAACUGCAAACCAAGGAAAGGGAAAUUGCUUCGGUCACAAGAACAGAAGCCAAGACUACAGCAGCUUUGAAGGCCCAGAUUGAAAAGCUGCAGAAAGAAAGAGAUGAGUUUCAGAGGAUGGUUAUUGCUAACCAGCAAGUCAGGACACAACAAGUACAUGAAAUGAAGAAAAAAGAAAAGGAAUACAUAAAAUUGCAGGAGAAGCUAAAUCAAGUGUUGAUGGAGAAAAAGAAGGAAUCACGAUCAGGCAUGGAGAUUAUGAACCUACUCCAGAAAGAAGGGAGACAGCGUGGAACUUGGAACGGAAAGAAGGCUGACUCCGAUUUCUACAAAAAGAUUGUGGAUACGUAUGAAGCUAAAAAUCAAGAACUGAUGGCCGAGAAUACUGAUUUGAGGGCAUUACUCCGAUCCAUGCAGGGCGACAUGCGUGCUUUCUUAAACGAUUCUGGUGUACCAUCCAACCAAUCUUUGGCUGCCAAUGGAAGACGCGCCAUGGAACUUUCUCAGUCUCCGUUGGGUGGGAGGACGGACGUCUUUGAUCUACCUUUCCGUAUGGCUAGAGGUCAAAUAGAAGACAGUUUACGAUCUAAGAUGGCUUCCAUCAAGGAACGAAUGGGUCAGUUACUAGAUGCACAGAAAGAGGCAGCGGUUACCUCAGAAGCCACAGAGAGGGAGCUUGAACUUGAAGCACAACUGGUCGAAGCACGGAGCAUAAUCCAGGAGCAGGAGUCCAUAAUGUCUAAACAUCUGCCGAAGAUGGAGCGGAGAAGGUACUGUGCCCCUUCGCAAUCUCUCGGUGGACUUUGAGUUUGAAAAGAGAUGCAGUUUUAGUUAUGAUGACACCUCCUCUGCAAAAACGGGUAACACUCUUUACGUGUCUGUUCUUAAAAAUGGAUGAAAUACAACUUUUGGGUGAAUACACACAACAAUCACGAGUACCCGGAACAUUGGGGACACUCAGUUUGGCCUCAUCCCCGCGGGUUAUUGUCUCGGUUUUGAUCAUGGGAGAUCUGUGAUACCCAUAGUACUUGAACCCGCGAAAAUUUUCAUUAA